AUGGCUGAAUCAUCUCUAGCUGCGGACCUUUUGGCUGAUUUUAACGAAUCUGAAAACGAGGAUGAGGACUUUGGCAUAGAAAAUAAAGCGUCACACUCCCCUGAGCCCAGUCGUAGUAAGUCGCGCGACUUUCUAGAACUAGAUGGGGAUGAAGAAGAAGACAGCUCUGAGGACGAAGAGAUGGGAGGUGUAUUUUCAGGUACAACGCGUGGGGAAUUAGACCUGGCAGACGAUGACGACGAGGAAGCGAGGAAGGCAAAGGUGGAGAAGAUGCAGUUGGGCGGUGUGGACGAUGUCAGGAGUGUGGCUGGCUUGAUGAAAGUUCUUGAGCCCGUCUUAGAGAAAAUCGAACAUUACAAGGCCCUACCGCCAUCGACAGGGCCCCAGGGAAGUGUCGAAGAUAAUCCAGAGUACAAGCUUCUUGUCCAGUCCAAUGCCCACGCCGUAUCUAUCGAUAAUGAAAUCAUCCUCGUGCACAAGUUCAUUCGUGAUCAUUAUGCUGUUCGAUUUCCCGAGCUCGAGAACCUCGUUACCAACCCGUUGGAUUAUGCGAAGACUGUCUCCAUUAUUGGCAACGACCUGGAUAUCAAAUCCCUCGAGGCCCGGAAUGGGAAUCGCCUGCGUACCUUUUUAGAUGGCCCUACCUUGAUGAUUGUUACCGUAGAAGCGACAACCACAUCUGGUCGUGAUUUGUCCGACAAAGAGCUUGCGGUAACAAUGAGGGCCUGUGAAAUGACCCAAGCCCUCGACAGUGCGAAAAGAACAAUUACCGCAUAUGUUGAAUCCCGCAUGUCUAUCUUUGCACCCAACACAUCAGCUAUCGUUGGAUCUCAAACUGCUGCGCAGCUCAUUAACUUUGCGGGCGGUUUGAGAGGACUUGCUGCUACUCCGGCUUGCAACAUUCCAGCCUUGGGUUCAAAACGACAAACCCAAGCUGGGUUGGCAACAAAUAUCGGAAUCCGGCAACAAGGGUACCUAUUCAACUCCUCAAUCAUCCGUAACAUCCCAACGGAUCUGAAGAAACAAGCUAUGCGGAUUGUUUCUGCCAAGCUUAUCCUGGCUGCCCGUGUUGACUUUUCCCACUCUUCAACUGACGGAUCUCAGGGCGAAGACCUCAAAGAACAAGUUCUUGAAAAGCUAGAGAAGCUCACUAUACCCCCACCGAAUAAAGGACCGAAGGCAUUGCCGGCACCCGACGACAAACCUGCGCGUAAACGUGGGGGAAGAAGGGCAAGAAAAGCGAAGGAUGCCACUGCAAUGACGGACCUACGAAAGGCACAAAACCGGAUGGCCUUUGGAAGACAGGAGGCGGAGACAGGGUAUGGGACAGGUGAUAGCACACGAGGACUUGGAAUGAUUGGUCAGGAACAAACUGGGCGUAUUCGUGCGCUGCAGGUUGAUCAACGUACUCGAGCAAAACUUGGAAAAUACAACCCAGGGUGGGGUACCUCAAAUCCUGCUGCUGGUACCCAGUCCAGGAUUGGAGGUGCACAAUCCAUUCUUGGUUCUCGAUCAUCUGCCGGGCCAGGCCUUGCAGCUUUGGGCGGGAGAAGUACCUUUGGUGGCGCGGGGCCUAGUGGCACAGCUAGUAGUCUGGCUUUCACCCCGGUACAGGGCAUUGAGUUGAUUGACCCUAAGGUAGCUGCCGAAAGGAAGAGGAAGGCUGCGGCUGAAGAGGAUCGUUAUUUUGCGGGAGGGACGUUCAGUAUGGUCGGUGGCGGUACAAGCACGCUGCCGAAUAAGAAGCUCGAUACCGGAAAAAAUAAGGGAUUGAUGUUGCCGCCUUCAAUACCUAGAAAGAGUUGA